GACUCUCUUCCUGCUGCAUCACAGCAGCCUUUAGCAGCUCUGGUAGUACUUGUGACCGGGGUGACGGAUCAUACACCGCUGGCCCACAGAUACCAAAACCCUAACAGCAUCCUAACACGGUGUCAGGAAGCGGUCGCAGUGAGAUAACCCCGCUCCAGCUGUUGGGAUAUGGCGAGGCCGGAACAGGUUCUGCUUUUGGAGCCUCAGCACGAACUGAAAUUCAGAGGUCCGUUUUCAGACGUGGUCACCACAAAUCUUAAGCUCUCCAACCCUACAGACAGGAAUGUAUGUUUUAAGGUCAAGACGACAGCGCCCCGCCGGUACUGCGUGCGGCCUAACAGUGGCAUCAUUGACGCCGGCACUUCAAUCAACGUCUCUGUCAUGUUGCAGCCUUUUGAAUAUGAUCCCAACGAAAAGAGCAAGCACAAGUUUAUGGUCCAGUCCAUGCUAGCACCUCCUGACAUGACUGACAUGGAGGGAGUGUGGAAAGAAGCAAAGCCAGAGGAGUUGAUGGACUCUAAGCUGAGGUGUGUUUUUGAGAUGCCAGCGGAGAACGAAAAAACGCAUGACAUGGAGUCCAACAAGAUGUCGUCGAGCCUGCUGAAGUCAGAGUCCUCCUCGCUGUCUGGAAAGUCACUGAGUUCCACCCUGGAUGAUGGAGAGGUAAAAAAGAUCAUGGAGGAGUGUAAGCGGCUUCAGAUGGAGGCUCAAAGGCUACGGGAAGAAAACAAACAGAUUAAAGAGGAUGACGGCCUCCGGAUGAGGAAGGGCAACAUCAUGUCAUCCCCGCACGCCUCAGGCUCCAUGAAGCGGGAGGAAGGGUUGAGCGCCCGCUCCGUGGCCCUAAUCCUGCUGUUCUUCGUGAUCGGCGUCAUCGUGGGGAACUUUGUGUUGUAGAGCGCAGCGCUUCAGUCAGCUGCAGCAUGCUUUCAUGGUGGAUGAAAACAAACAGGGGAUUUUGGAUCAGAAUGCCAUAACUGCUGGGUGGGGGGUGGUACUAGUUUUGAUUCAGUCCCAUUUAUGUAAAAAGAAAAAAAAUAUAUACCAAUUAACUUAAAGGGUAAUCUAUGAGAGAAAAGAGGAAAAAAGACUCAUCUUAAGAACAAACAAACCUGCGUUAUCAUCACAUAAUCCUUCUGGCCUUCCUCCCAAUGUUUCGUGUUUUUCAGGCGGUUCGUUUCACUGGUCGGUGGGGGAACCGAUUCAUCUUUUAACUGGUAAUUCAGCUCAAUGAAUCCUCUAACACUGGUGACGUAGAGUUUGAUGCGACCUCUCUGGUCGCCACUGUGCAAAUGUCAUUUUAUCAGAUAGUUUUUUUUCUAAUUGAUGCACAUCAGAGCCGAUUUUAACCAACGACUCCACAGUUCGGUUGGUCCAGGUUCUCCUUAAGGUGGAAACCCGUUUUAAGGGAGGGAGGAUCCAAACAGUUGGGUUUGCACACAGGGCUGUAAAACGUUCUCCUGUUGGAGAAGCGCUUUGGUCAGUGUAAGAAACACUACAACAGGUGUUUUUAUUUCCUCACGCUUUUUUUCUUUCUGCCCUAAUUUAUUCCCAUUACCUGCCAGUCACUGAUUACACCCUUUAUUGUCAAAUGAGGAUGUUUGCAUGCGUUCACACGAGUGUUGCAUCUGGACUUUUGAAUCUAAUUUAAUUGCUUUUGUCAUUUGACUGUAAAUUUGCACAAUUUAAUUGCUGUUUUUUUCCUUUCUUUGUCUUUUUUUUUUUCCUCACAGUUGCAUUGUUUGAAUUAUUUUUUUUUUUUCUUGGGUAGGAGGUAAAUCAGACAAACUUUUCCAGUAGAACUGAAGUGACGAUUGGAUAGUUUCUAUACAGUAUGAAAGCUUUGCCUUGUGACCUGUUUGAAAAAGUUAUUCUCAGGCCAAGAUGGAGGAGUAAUUACAGUAUAUGAUACCAAACUAAGGCAGAUCAAAUAGUUUUCCCUGACAUCAGCAGGGGCCUGUGACCACAUCCUAACUGCAACAGGGGGAUAAAAACGCUCUUGUUUUGCUCCAUCUUCUGUUGAGCCAUACAUUUGUUGACAUUCUGUCUUAUUUCUAGGAAAUGCAUGAAAAAAAUCUGCCAAAUGCUAAAGCUGUUCCCCACUGCUGGAUUUCUUUUCCCUUCUUUGUUUCAUUGUGGAUUCAUCUCUGUUCUGAAUCACACACGUUAAAGCACUAAUCUUUCAAAAAGUCAUAACAGCUCUGCUGUUGUCUAAAGCAGCAGCAGUGAAUGAAUGCAGCCAGGUUAUAACGACGGUAUUGGGGGUGGGGGGGAUGAAACGAUGCUACAGGCUUUCAUCCAUAAGUCACAGAUUAUCAUUAAAUAUGGUUGAAGGGGAUUCUUAUUUUGCUUUCACUGAAGGUAAAACAAGCAGUCGGUGAUAUUGUUAUCCCACUGUGUA